AUGACUGAUUUGAUCUCGAUUUUGCCUCCCGAAUCAUUCAGUACAUCUUCUCGUUUAUCGGACAGCGGGCUGUGUCGAAUGUGUGAAAUCGCCUGUGGUCUUUCUGAUAUUCAUUGCUGGGAUGUCUUGGCACGCAACCAAUUCACACAGCUGACAAGUUUGGGGUUGACGGACAUCACUGGUAUGUCAAGCGAAGAUUGGUCCCAGAUUUUGCUCAUGCAGCAACAAAAUGAGAUCUUGGAAGUUGGAAAUCGCGCUGGAAUAACGCAGUAUCUGAACAGCAUUAUCGCAACCAUCGUAAUAGUGUCGACGACUUUCUCACAGAGGCAGGAUGGAUUGUGUGGGCACAACGACUUGAGGAAACCAAAAUACUGAAUCUGGAACUGACAGCCGUGAAAGGUGUUACUGGUGCUGUCCUUGAGCAUUUUGAACAAGUCGAAAGCUCGGUGCUAUUGCGUGUUUCACGGAUCUAUAGUCUCACCAAUGCAGGCAUCAAUGCUUUUCGUAUCAUUGAAGGAUCUAGUAAAAAGAUUGAAGUCGUGGGGUGUUCAGGAUUAUCUCGGACAGAUGAUCUUCGUAUGCCAUACAACAUAUUUUUAAUAAUUGAGUACCAUUGCGGUGAUAUUUGCAGUCUGGCUUGUACUUUUAUUUAUAAU